UCUUUCUUCAGUUUCGCUACGAGUGUCGCGGCGCGCGGACGUGUCUACACAACCGUUUAAAAAAAAUCGAUUUCGUUUUGAAAAACGAAUUGUGACUGUGUUAUGUGCGUGUGAUUUUGAGUGACUAAUAUUAACAGUCGGUGUUGUAUGCAGCGGGCUUACUAACCACACUGAGAAGAAACUAAUGGAUCCCAAUAAGAGUUGAGAUUUGUCGUGUAACAUGAAUCUCGCCGCCAUUGCGUUUUGGCGCGAAAUGCCAAUCGCUGUCACGUUCCUUGUGCUGGCAGCGGCGUGCGCGGUGUCUGCCCGAGACAUCGUACUAGAUGACAACUAUACAGUACUAGAAGCGACGACAAACGAGAGGCUCCGAUUAGUUUGCGGGUUGAAGCCCAGGAGUCAGUCGCAGAUCAUCAACUGGUUCAAAGAUGGAGAGUAUCUGGACAGCACGAGACGGAUCACACAGCAGAGGCAAUGGUUAAGAAUAAAAGGAUUCCGAGCUAAAGACGCCGGCGUGUACUCGUGUAAAAAUGAGGAAGACGACGUGAAGGAAAUGGCUAUCACAAUCAAACACAAGCCGAGCCAAGAUCAAGAGAACAUGGAAGAAUACCAAGCAGAUGUGGACGUUGAAAGGCCAAUGCCAGAAAUACUAUCUCAACACCGAGCGGCAUCACUUGUCGAAAACAGCACAGUCAACGAAAGCAUCAAACGUACAGCCAAGAACAUUAAAUUCAAAGAAUACGAUUCAAAAGACGAAGAUCCUGAUGAUAAGAUCGAGAAAGACCAUCCGAAUUACGGACAUGUUGAUGAUACUAAGAAGAAGUUUGCGCCGCGUUUCAAACAUCCGUCGAAAAUGUUUGCGACUGAUAUGAAACCGGCUGGCAGUUCCAUUAGACUUAAAUGUGGUGCUGAAGGAAACCCAACACCGAACAUAACAUGGUACAAAAACAAAAGCACUCCUAUACAGAGGACAUAUUUCCCUCCGAGAUACGGCAAAUGGUCAAUGACGCUUGACGAACUGACCAAAGCUGACAAUGGCAAUUACACUUGCGUCGUUUGCAACGAGCUGGCCUGCAUUGAACACAACGUUGAACUGAAUAUACAAGAACGAUAUCCAUCGAAGCCAUAUAUAAAGGAAGGGUAUCCGCAUAACGUCACCGCUGUGGUGAAUACCACAGUGAAGUUCUCAUGUCCACCACUCUCCGAUCUGGAGCCAUAUCUCUACUGGAUCAGGCCGGUCAACAUUUCUGUGAAAGAAGUAGAGGGCGGCCCGACUGACAAUCCUAUACCACAAGGAGACACGAUUGAGAGUGACGACACAGACGACAAACCCGAGCAACUUACAAUAUACAAUGUGACGAAAGAGGACGAAGGAUGGUAUAUGUGCGUUGCUCUGAAUUCGCUAGGCAAUACUACAGCUAAGGGAUACCUCACUGUUUUAGAAUCUCGUCCCGACCUCGAACCUUUAGAUCACGGGAAACACACCCUUCUUAUAAACAUACUAAUGGCCGUACUCGGAGCGAUGUUCUUCGUAGCAGCGAUCAUUGUAGUGAUGAUCUUCAAGAAGUUGAAGAGGGAGAAGCUAAAGAAGCAACUGGCAAUCGAGACGGCGCGCGCUGUCAUUGUGACGCAUUGGACUAAGAAAGUGACUGUUGAGAAACCUCAGAUCAAUGGAUCGCCGAAUGCUACUGGCGAGGCCUUGUUAAUGCCAGUGGUGAAAAUCGAGAAACAGAAGCUAUCACAAGUGCAGAGCCACACGAGCGAUUCAAUGAUGAUGUCGGAAUAUGAAUUACCCAUGGACAUAGAUUGGGAAGUGCCCAGAGAGUCUCUGGGUCUCGGCAAAGUUUUGGGCGAAGGAGAAUUCGGAAAGGUUGUGAAGGCUGAAUGUGUUGGCAUCUUGAAACCUGGUCUGCAGUCUGUUGUUGCUGUUAAGAUGUUGAAAGAGGGCCACACAGAUGCGGAGAUGAUGGCGCUAGUCUCAGAAAUGGAGAUGAUGAAGAUGAUCGGGAAGCAUGUCAACAUCAUCAACUUGCUAGGAUGCUGCACGCAGGACGGACCUUUGUAUGUCAUAGUGGAGUACGCGCCUAAUGGAAACUUGAGAGAGUUUCUGAGGAAUCAUCGCCCUGGGAAUAGGUACGAAUCACCAACAGAAGAUUUGAAAGAAAAGAAAACGUUGACUCAAAAGGAUUUGGUGUCUUUCUCCUAUCAAGUCGCUAGAGGAAUGGAGUACCUUGCUUCAAGGAGGUGCAUUCAUCGGGACUUAGCAGCUCGCAACGUCCUGGUCUCCGAUGACUGCGUCCUGAAGAUCGCUGACUUCGGCCUUGCGAAAGACGUCCACAGCAACGACUACUACAGGAAGAAGACAGAGGGAAGGCUGCCCGUGCGGUGGAUGGCGCCUGAGUCACUCUACCACAAAGUAUUUACUACGCAGACUGAUGUGUGGUCCUUCGGCGUGCUCCUGUGGGAGAUAAUGACGCUGGGCGGCACCCCGUACCCGACGGUGCCUGGGCAGUAUAUGUACCAGCAUCUAAGCGCAGGACAUCGGAUGGAGAAGCCGCCUUGCUGUAGUCUUGAGAUAUACAUGCUAAUGCGUGAGUGCUGGUCAUUCUCGCCCGGCGAUCGCCCUUCAUUCACCGAAUUGGUGGAGGAUUUAGACAAGAUCCUCACCGUCACAGCCAACCAGGAGUACCUGGACCUAGGCCUUCCACAACUCGACACGCCUCCUUCAAGCUACGAUGGCUCCGGAGAUGAAAGCGACAGUGAAUUCCCGUUCAUCAAAUAAAUCAGUGCCUUGGCUUCGAGCCUCAAUCUUGAACUUAGUGCCUUAUCAUGUGCCUUGAUUGUGAAUUAUGCGCCUCGAUUGUAACGGGCUAUUUUAUACGGACUUUUAUACGUUUAUGACAAUUUCUAAUUUCAAAUUUAACUUUAGAAAUUGUUCUAAAUUUGAAUUUGAAAACUGACGUUAUACAAUGUUUUACAAGAUGAUUUAUUUUAAUAGUGAAUAUUUGAUGAGUAAUCCCACCUUGGUUCGACUUUUCUGUUGUCUGUUGUAUUUCUAUAUUGUGAAAUAUCAUAGUAGAUAGCAAUAUCUUUAGGAAGUAUUAAGCAUAAUAAAUGUUAGAUACAACCGAAUGUUCUAGAUCUUUCUAGACGCCCUAUAAUACGUUAGGGACAUAGAAAUUUGUGCGUUUUUAUUAAGAGAUAUUUUACGUAUUCUUUAUUCGUAUGUGUUAGUUUAUGUAUAGGUAAUAUUAAACAAUUUGUGAGUACAGUAAAAGUCUGACUUUUAAUAACCAUAGAGUCUAUAAUUUUACAAUCUAUGGUUAUUUUGUCUCGACUGUCUCGUUUAUGGCAGUGUUAAAAAAUAUUUAAUACAAAACAAGUUAGGUAUUUAUUUUAUAUAAACAUGCAAAACAGAGUGUUGCAUUAUUUUCUAAAUGUAAAUAUAAUUAGAUUUUGUAAAUAAGUAUUUUAGUACCAAAGCUAUAUGUAUUGAUUUUUAAAACAUAACGUAGAUAUCAUUACCAUAGACUAGCCCAUUUAUCAGCAGAAUGUUUGCCGGGAAACAUGACAGCUACAUGACAGUUACAUGACAUUACGCGUGUCACGGAAAAAUCUUAUUAUGUAGUUAAUAAUAAGGUUAUAUUCCAAUGACACGCGUAAUGUCAUGUAGCUGUCAUGUUUGCCGGCAAACAUUCCGCUGGUAAAUGGGCUAGCGUCUAGUCGUUCAAUUACAGUGUUUCAGUAUAAACUUCCUAUGCUAAAAAUACGCAUAUCUAAUGAUUUCUUAUGUUUACACUGAGAUAUAACUAUUUUACCGGCGGACAGUCCGCUCCGUGACCACGAAGGCUGGAGUCUUCGAAACGUCGAGAAAAUAAUAUAAAUAACCGCGAUAAAAUCGGUAAAAUAGUUUUAUUUGAAUACGAAUAUUUAACGUAGACUUAUUGAGUUGACCACCAAAUCUUUUUUUGUACUUAAUUAGUGUUAAAAUUGAUAAAAGCAUUUUAGCAAUGGAGAUUAAUCGAGAUUAUGUAAAUACAGUUGAGAUUAGGAUGUGCGUAUGCGCAAAUAUUGUAUACUCAGUAUUAUUUGCAGUUAUAGUUUAGUUCAGUAUAUGGUCUUUAGAACGUGAGGUGCGGUUUUUGAGCUGUUAGGUGAAGUUUCUAGAAUCUACAAUAUUGACAGUUUAAUAAAUGGUUGGUAUCUACUGUAAAUUCCGACUUUGUAAGCCUUUGAUUGUUUUUUAUACAUUCAUGACAAAGUGAACCUACUGUAGUUGAUGGUAAGUGAAGUGGGAUCCAAUAGAAUAUCGACUGACGAGAGAUGAUUACCCCUCAGCAGUCGACAUGAUUAUGCCGGCCUGUUGGAACCGGAUAAAGACAGGCUGAUCCCGGAACGCGACACUUACGUGGGCCACUAUGGCGGGUUUUAACACCUUGUGUACGGUGGUCGCUAUCAGGGCGGAUAUAAAAUAUAUGCCACCAAGCAAGGUUUUAUAAAGGUACUACGUCACUGGUAAAUGUAAUUUGUUAAAUUUUCCCUAUGACAAACUGUCAAUAUUUUGUUUUCCCACGUUUAUAAGCAUUUAUAGUGUUUUAUUGUAUUUGGAAGAUACCACUUCAUGGCCCAGUUGAGGUUGUUUUUGUUGUUAUUGGAUAACUUAAAAAAAAUAUCUGAAAACCGAGUUUCAGACUUACUGAUUGCCUUAAAAAUAACUUCAGAAACGUACGUUUAUGAGGUUUCAUGAUCAAGUAUUUAACACGUCCAAAGAAUAUUCAAGCGGUUUACUCCGACAUGACUUAUGAUCUUGGCUAUUUGUUUGUAUAUUUGAUUGUGGAUUAUGGAUUAUGAAUACGAUGUGGAAAUGUAUGAAUUGUGACGGGAAUAAAUAUAUUACGAAUGUA